CAUAGAAAAAAUAAAUAAAUAAUACUUCAAAAAAAAAAAAACCUAAGAAAAUCAGGGAGAACUAAGAAGAAGGAAAUGGAGAAUGCGAAUUCAGCUCCGACAGGUUGCUACAAAUGCGGACGAACAGGUCACUGGUCACAUGACUGCCCCGAUGACCCCAAAUCCGACAAUCCCAAUCUGAGAAGAGUCGCAUCGGAGAAUACAAAUUCGGCCGCGACAGGUUGCUACAAGUGCGGACGACCAGGCCACUGGGCACGUGACUGCCCCGACGCCCCUAAAUCCGAUCAACCCAAUCUCAAGGCUCCCUCCUCCGGCGUCAGUUUCACUCCAAAUCAGCUUCCUGGACCCGAAAAGCCCAAGAAAGUACCCAAAAGCAGAACCCGACCCAAGCUCACUCCCGAACUUCUCCUUUCCGAUAAUGGUUUCGGUUACAUCCUUCGCCACUUCCCUCGGGCCUUUAGGUACCGCGGUCGCGGUCACGAGGUCAGUGAUUUGGGAAACUUAAUUGGGUUAUACAGAGAUUGGCACAAGCACUUGCUCCCUUAUUACUCUUUCGAUCAGUUUGUUCAUAAAACCGACAAAGUUGCUUCUAGCAAACGUGUAAAGAAUUGUAUUAGAGACUUAAGAGAGCGAGUUGCUAGAGGAGGGGAUCCUACAAAAUUGCAUGAAAGUCCAGAUGAAUUUAAUGGUCCAAGUGAUGAGCAAGGGGCCAGACAUUCCGAUGGGCAAACUCAUGACCACUAUGAGGGAGAUCAUGUCAAUGAUAUUCAAGAAGAUAUGCUUAAUGAGAUUUACCAGAAAGCUUCUGAGGAACCAUCUCAUGACACACACCAUGACAUAGUUGCUGAUGAAGUACUUGCAGCCAGUAGCUCUGGACCAGAACAUCAAGUGCCAAAUAAUGGAGCUAGCUGCUCUAGUGAAGUUCAUAUCACAGAAGAACAGAGAGCUCGCAUGGAAGCUAACAAGCUGAAGGCACUGGAGAGAGCUGCUGCUGGCACCUCUAGUGAUCAAGUUACAGAAGAGCAGCGUGCUCGCAUGGAAGCUAAUAGGUUGAAGGCACUGGAAAGAGCAGCAGCUCGAGCUCGCUCAUUGCAGUCAGCUUGACUAUCAACUGUCAACUCUGUUAUUAUCAUCUUUCCCCUGCAUUAUACUGAACCACCCCGCCUGUGAUAAUUACCCUUCAUUUUGGAAAGGUUUUCCCAUUUUUUUGCAGUUGUAGAAGGUUGAGCUACUUUUUUGUUUGGCAUUUGUUUGGUUUAAUGGGUUUUUAGUUCUAUUGACAUGUGCUAACUUAGUAAAAGAUUACAAAAAAUGAAAACUACUAGUUAAUGAACCCUAACUUAGUGAAAUUGACCUGAUCAAGCAUUCCAAUUGGUCUAAUACUGAAACAAGAAGAUAACAAAC